AUGGCCGCUGAGACUGUCAGUUUCACGGCUCCCUUGUCGCAAGGAUUUGGAUAUGGCAUUAUCCUUGGGUUAGGUUUUGCCUUUGCGCUUCUGAUGAUUUUCAUCACUUGGGCUUUGAGACGAUACCAGAAUGAAGUCCAGACAUCCGAAAUGUUCUCAACGGCUGGCCGAUCCGUCAAAUCCGGACUGGUGGCUGCGGCAGUCGUGAGUAGUUGGACAUGGGCAGCAACCCUUUUGCAAUCUUCUGCAGUCGCAUAUAAGUAUGGCAUUUCAGGGCCAUUUUUCUACGCAUCUGGCGCAACAGUACAGAUUCUCCUCUUCGCGACGCUAGCUAUCGAGCUUAAGCGACGUGCCCCCAAUGCGCAUACCUUCCUGGAAGUUAUCCACGCCCGUUACGGGACAAUAGUUCAUGUUGUUUUCAUUGUUUUCUGUCUUAUGACCAACAUUCUCGUUACUGCCAUGCUGCUGACUGGUGGAUCUGCCGUGAUGACUUCGUUGACUGGCGUGUCGACUCCGGCCGCCUGUUUCUUGUUGCCAAUUGGUGUCGUGCUAUACACCCUUUUCGGUGGUAUCAAGGCAACUUUCAUCACCGACUAUCUGCACACGGUGGUGAUCUUGGUUGUUAUUUUCCUUUUUGCGUUCUCGGCCUACGCUACCAACGCUCAGCUUGGGUCUCCUGGCCGUGUAUACGAUGCUUUGGUCGCGGCUUCGCAGCGUCACCCUGUCGAAGGAAAUGCCCAAGGCAGCUAUCUUACUAUGAGAUCAAAGGAGGGCGGUAUUUUCUGGGUAAUCAACCUCAUUGGAAACUUUGGCACUGUCUUCCUGGACAAUGGAUACUACAACAAGGCAAUUGCCGCCAGCCCCGUCCACGCAUUCCCCGGAUACGUGAUUGGUGGUCUCUGCUGGUUCGCGAUUCCUUGGCUAUGCGCUAGCACUUUGGGUAUCUCUGCCUUGGCCCUCGAGGGACCCGCGCGACUCAGCCCCGACGACGUGACAGCCGGACUGGUUCUUCCCUUUGCCGCCGUCAAGCUCCUCGGAUAUAGCGGCGCCGUGGCAACAACUCUUAUGAUCUUCAUGGCCGUAACAUCCGCCUUUUCCGCGCAGCUCAUCGCCGUGUCAUCCAUCUUCACUUACGAUAUCUACCAAGCCUACAUCGACCCCGCAGCCAAGGGCAAGAAGCUCGUGUGGAUCUCGCAUAUGUCUUGCAUUGUAUACUCGAUCAUCAUGGCCGGGUUCGCCACAGGCCUCUACUACGCCGGUGUUGGCAUGGGCUAUCUAUACCUUCUGAUGGGCGUGAUCAUCUCCUCCGCCGUAUUCCCCGGCGCCAUGACCCUUCUCUGGAAGGGCCAGAACUGGAUUGCUGCCGCCGCAUCGCCCCCGCUCGGACUCGCCGUUUCCCUCAUCGCCUGGCUGGUGACCACGAAGACCCAGUACGGCGAGCUCAACGUGAUCACCACCGGCGAGAACUACCCAAUGCUGGCAGGAAACGUUGCUGCCCUGCUCAGCCCGAUGGUUUUCGUUCCCGUCUUUACCUACGUCUUCGGGCCCCAGAACUACGACUACGAGUCUAUGAAGCAGAUCCGCAGGGUCGAUGACACCGACGUCGCUGCCGCCGCACACGUUGAUAUCGAGCUCAUACCGGGCGAGGCGGGACCCUCGGACAUCCAGAGCGAGGAGGAAACGCGCAAGCUGAACAAAGCGGCUCUCUACUCGCGCACUUUGACCGUCUUCAUGGCACUUGCGCUGCUGAUUCUCUGGCCGAUCCCAAUGUACGGCUCAUCGUACGUGUUCAGCAAGCCGUUUUUCACUGGCUGGAUCGUCGUGGGGAUCCUGUGGCUCUUCUGCACUCUCUUUGGCGUUGUCAUCUUCCCGCUGUGGGAGGGCCGGGAGAGCAUCAUUCGGGUGGCUCGUAUGAUGGCCUACGACAUGGUUGGCGUGCGGCCGGCUGUCUAUCGCGGACGCAAGGCUGAGGCGGAUGCGUCUGGAGUAGAGACUCCGACGGAGCAAAUCGGCGAGAAGGCCAAGGAGGCUGAUACGCCAGCGUAUUAG